UUUACCAAGACACUCACUCUUCAAUUCUUCAUCUCUUAUUUCUCUCUCUCUUCAAUUCUUCACUCUUUUCAAGCAUGGCAGCAAUACCCACUCACAUCAAAGCAUGGACCUACUCAGAAUACGGCAAGAGCACUGAUAUUCUUAAGUUCGAUCCAAACGUGCCUUUACCUGAGUUGAAGGAGGAUCAUGUCCUCAUCAAGGUCGUUGCUGCAGCCCUUAAUCCCAUUGAUUAUAAGAGAAUGGAAGCUUUGUUUAAGGACACAGAUUCCCCUUUACCCACAGCUCCAGGGUAUGAUGUUGCUGGAGUGGUGGUUAAGGUUGGAAGUGAAGUGAAGAAAUUUAAAGUUGGAGAUGAAGUUUAUGGUGAUAUCAAUGAGAAUGCUCUGGAGUAUCCAAAGGUUGUUGGUUCAUUGGCAGAGUAUACAGCUGUAGAAGAGAAAUUGUUGGCUCACAAGCCUAAGAAUCUGAGCUUUGUUGAGGCAGCUAGUCUUCCUUUAGCAAUUGAGACUGCUUAUGAAGGCCUUGAGCGUGCUGGGUUUUCUGCUGGGAAAUCUAUUCUUGUGCUUGGAGGUGCUGGUGGAGUUGGAACCCACGUUAUUCAGCUUGCCAAGCAUGUUUUUGGCGCAUCUAAGGUAGCAGCUACAUCUAGCACUGGGAAGCUGGAGCUGUUGAGGAAGUUAGGAGCUGACAUGCCUAUUGAUUAUACAAAGGAGAACGUUGAAAACCUGCCUGAAAAGUUUGAUGUGGUGUUUGAUGCAGUUGGGGACGCUGACACGACAUUCAAGCCUUUGAAAGAAGGAGGCAAAUUUGUGACAAUAGUACCACCUGCACUUCCACCACCGGCAAUCUAUUACAUAUUGAAAUCUGAUGGGGCUGUCUUAGAGAAACUAAAACCGUAUUUGGAAAGUGGCAAGGUAAAGCCAAUACUUGAUCCCAAGAGUCCCUUUCCAUUUUCCCAAACUGUUGAAGCAUUUUCCUAUCUGGAAACUAACAGAGCCGUUGGAAAAGUGGUCAUCCAUCCCAUACCAUGAACAUAAACCAUUGUGGUUCUAUCAUAAUCUAUGUUGUUGUUUGUGAUUUAAGAUUUGUGUUCAAGAGUGAGAAAUACUUUGGUUUAAAUGUAGUAAUGUACCUGGUUUUCAUUUCAAGGAAGGGUAUACGGUGAAAUAAAGUUCUCUUCCUAGUGUAGUUGAGUUGUAUGCUAAAUUGAAUGUGUUAUAUUUUUUCUUUUUGGUAAUAAUAUUUAGGCUUAAAUAA